AUGAAACGGGCCGCGUCUCUCUAUCGCCACGCCAGCCUCGCUCUACAAGCGCAGGAAGUCCUCGUGGACGUUGCCCAGUUGGGCCCUAUCGGCUCAUUGCAGCGGUUCCCGCCCGCUGGCCAGGGUCACCCCCAUGUGCCCUUCCAGCCACUGCUGCACAGAUCAUACCGUGGGGGCGCGCCUGACUACUACACGACCCACAAGCCGCCGAUGCACUUUGGCCUUAGGAUUGUCCCUGAGAAGCAGGCUUUUGUGAUAGAGAGAUUUGGGAAGUACCUCAAGACUUUGACAUCUGGACUGCACGUCCUGAUCCCCCUGGUCGAUCGUAUUGCUUAUGUUCACAGUCUGAAAGAGCUGGCAAUACCGAUCAGCCACCAGAACGCCAUCACAAGUGACAAUGUCACGAUCACCAUCGACGGAGUUCUUUAUGUGAAAGUCGUUGACCCAAAGAAGGCUUCAUAUGGAGUGGAUCAGCCCAUUUAUGCCAUCACACAGUUAGCGCAGACAACCAUGCGAAGUGAGCUUGGCAAGAUCACACUCGACAGAACAUUUGAAGAGAGGGAUGCCCUAAACAACAACAUUGUCCAGUUAAGUUACUCUCUAUGGCAUGCUUGGCGAGUCAACUGGAACAGCAUUAACUGA